AUGACGUUAAAUUUAGAAAGUUGCGACAGUUUGCCUCCCGACGAGGAGCCAAAAUUAAAGUACGAUAGAAUGGGAAAUGAUGUUCAAAAUAUUUUACUAAAAGAUGCUGUGAGCUGCAUAUGUGUGCACACAAAGUUCAUAUGCCUGGGUACGCAAUGGGGAGUGAUACACCUUCUGGACCAUGAAGAUCAGAAUGGAGACUACAUUGCAAGCUGCUCAGAUGAUGGUAAAGUUCUCGUAUACGGUCUGUACACUGGAGACAACACCCAUAAUUUGACUUUAGGAAGAGUGGUCAAGUCUGUAGCCCUGGAUCCCUACUAUUUUAAAUCAGGCUCUGGCAGAAGAUUCCUCACAGGUGAUAAUAAGUUAACAUUGUAUGAGAAAACAUUUUUAAAUCGUCUUCGUAGCACUAUUCUAUGUGAAUGUGAAGGAUAUGUGCAAGCUAUUUCAUGGCAUGAGAGAUUUGUCGCUUGGGCAAGUGAGGUGGGUGUCCGAGUCUAUGAUUUAGUAGCUAGAUGCUCUCUGGGCCUAAUACAAUGGGAAAAAGCCUACAAUCGAUCUAUUGAAGAUUUUCGCUGCAAUUUGUUGUGGUCGGCCCCUAAGACUCUAAUGAUAGGAUGGGUGGACACAGUUAGGAUUUGUAUUAUAAGAAAAAGAAGCCAUAUUGAACUACAAAGCCGGGAUGUUACAGAAUAUUUAGUAGACCCUGUAUAUACUUUUCAAACAGACUAUUAUAUAAGUGGAUUAGGUCCACUAGAUGACCAACUUGUAUUGUUGGGAGUGCCUAAGGAACUAGACUCUGAAAGUGGUAAAGCACAAAGACCUGUACUGUCUGUUGCAGAUUAUAAAGAUUGUGAGUUCUGUGAAGUCUCCACAGACAGCCUUAACAUUAGAGGUUAUGAGGAAUAUUCCUGCAACGAUUACUAUUUAGAUAUUCUUAUAGAAGAGAAUAGGUUUUUUAUUGUAUCACCAAAAGAUAUUGUGAUAGCAAGUCCUUAUGACAUCAACGAUAGAGUAAAUUGGUUAAUAGAACAUGCCCGAUUUGAAAAAGCAUUAACAGUAUUGGAAGAUGUGGGAGGGAAAACUACAAAGCAUUCACUUGUCACAGUUGGAGUGCAGUACCUAGACCAUUUAAUGCAUGAACAUCAAUUUGAAGAAGCUGCAAUAUUAUGUGCAAGGAUUUGUAAAAAUGAUAAAGUUCUAUGGGAAAAUCAAGUAUUAAAGUUUGCAGAAGUUAAUCAACUUAGAACAGUAAGUAACUAUGUGCCGAGAAACCUAGAUCGAGCACUGAGCUCUCACAUAUAUGAACUUAUUUUUUAUGAAUAUUUAAAAGUUGAUCCUCAAGGCUUCUUAAAAUUGGUGCAAGAGUGGAACCCCGCCUUGUACAAAACUGGAGUGAUUGUCAAGGAAGUACUGGAGCAUUUGCUGACAACUGAAGUAGAAAAGAAUACUUAUUUGGAAGCCUUGGCCCUACUCUAUUGCUACCAAAAAAAAUAUGACAAGGCUUUGACAGCUUACUUAAAAAUUCAGCACAAAGAUGUUUUUAAAUUAAUUGCUAAACAUAAAAUGUACUCUGUUAUAUAUGACAAAAUCCUUGACUUGAUGAAUCUCGACUGUGAUACAACCAUUCCUCUCUUGUUAUCCAAAGAAGCAAAAGUCCCAGUGGAAGUGGUUGAGAGACAGUUAAAAAGUCAUGAUUUAUACCUUUUUAAGUACUUAGAUGCCUAUAGCAAAGUAGAGCCCAAUGGAUCCUACCACGGAAAACUAGUUAAGUUGUAUGCAAAGUUUGCUAGGGAAAAAUUAUUACCAUUUCUAAAAUGUAGUGACAACUAUCCGAUCCAGGAGGCAUUGGAUAUCUGUCAAAGUAAUGAAUUCUACCCAGAGAUGGUGUUUCUGCUUGCCCGAAUUGGUAAUACACGAGAAGCUCUGCAAAUCAUACUUGAAAAAUUGAAAGACAUAAACCAGGCCAUAAACUUCUGCCAAGAGCACAAUGACAAGGAAUUGUGGACUGAUCUUAUCAGACAGACUGUUGACAAUCCCGAGUGUAUUACAUUAUUGUUGAAGAGAAUAGGAAACUAUGUUGAUCCCAGAAUGCUGAUACAAAACAUCCAGCCAGGUUGCAAAAUAAAAGACCUGAAGGAGUCACUUGUGAAAAUGAUGUGUGACUACCAUUUGCAAAUGUCUGUGCAGGAAGCGUGCAAAGUAAUAACUCUAAGAAACUACUUUGACCUACAUGAGAAGAUGAUAAUGACUCAACAACGCGGUGUAUCAGUUACAGAUGAGUUGUCAUGCAGUAUUUGUCAGGGCAGGAUUAUAAUGCGCGAUCUUUCUAGUGCGUCUGAUUUAAUUGUCUAUAAUUGCCGGCACUCCUUCCAUAUAGAAUGCUUGCCAGAAGGAGUGCGCGACGGAUGCAACAUUUGUACUGCUGUUAAAAUGUAA